AUGUCUGCCUUUCGCGCGACGCGCACGCUGUUGAACAAGCUCCCUGAAUCGCCUGACCUGUACCACUACACAGAGGGUCGCACUCCGUUCUGGCGCAAGGUCCGCAGCCUUCUCUCUCUCAACCCUGAGAUCUCGUCUGGUCUACCCCUUCCUCUGCUUCCUGCUUCGCGCCCCGAGAAGCCUGCCACUGUUCCGUCCAAGGCUUCGGAUAUCGCGCAAAACCUCUACCACGACCGUGAUUUCCGUCGCAAGUACCCUCAGACGGAUGUUAUUACACAGCAGUACUUGACUGAACUGCUCCUGGCUUCGCCCAACGAGGACGGCACCAAGAGUCUGCCUUUGCCAGGCUCAGAGCAGUCGACUACGCUUACCGUGCCCUCAGACCUGGCUUCGCCGACCGCAUUCACGCAGGUGCUGGAGCAGGUGCAGGUGGCCCCCGAGAACAAGUACUCGGCCACAAAUAUGCCGCCUAAGUUCCCGUCGACCAAGACGCACCAUGUGAUGAAGCUGCAGAAGGAUGCGAUUCCUCACGGCAAGCAUGAUUACUUCCCUGUGGACAACUAUGCGUGA